AUGGCUGAUGACAAAAAUACUAUUCAAGAUACAGAAGAUACAUCUAGAAUAAAUAAGAAAAAGAAAUAUAGGAAGGAAAAGCCAUGGGAUUCAGAAGAAAUUGAUCAUUGGAAAAUUGAACCUUUUGUAGAAGAUAAGAAUGCACCUUCUUUUACAGAUGAGUCUUCUUUUGCUACUCUUUUUCCUAAAUAUCGUGAAAAAUAUCUUCAAGAAAUAUGGCCUCAUGUUACGCAAAAUUUAAACAACUAUGGGAUAUCAUGUGUUCUUGAUUUAAUUGUGGGGAGUAUGACAGUAAAAACAACAAGAAAAACAAAAGACCCGUGUUCUAUUUUAAAGGCUAGAGAUCUUAUAAAACUACUUGCACGUAGUGUUCCUUUUCCUCAGGCAAUUAAAAUUAUGGAUGAUUCUAUGGCCUGUGAUAUUAUAAAAAUUGGUGGGUUUCUACGAAAUAAAGAAAGAUUCAUAAAACGAAGACAACGUAUUUUAGGACCUAAUGGUUCUACUUUAAAAGCAUUGGAGCUGUUAACACAAUGUUAUAUAAUGGUACAAGGAAACACUGUUAGCGUUAUGGGAAAUUACAAAGGAUUAAAAGAAGUACGAAAAAUUGUAGAAGAUUGCAUGAAAAAUAUCCAUCCAAUAUAUCAUAUUAAGGAGUUGAUGAUAAAGCGUGAACUUGCUAAAGAUCCAGUGCUUAAGAAUGAAUCAUGGGACAGGUUUCUACCUCAUUUUAAAAAACGUAAUGUUGCUCGAAGAAAGCCUAAGCAAAUUAAAAUAAAAGAAUACACUCCAUUUCCACCUCCUCAACAGCCAAGCAAAAUUGAUCUUCAAAUUGAAAGUGGAGAGUAUUUUAUGUCUAAGCGUGCUAAGGAGAAAAAGAAACGUGAAGAAAAUAAAGAAAAGCAAGCACGAAUUUCUAAAGAAAGAAGCAAGGAGAGGCAAAAAGCUUUUGAGCCUCCAAAAGAACGUCCCUAUCAAAAAACUAACCAAUAG